AGAGAGAGCACUGGCCCUCUGCGCAGCGCAUCACUGCAUCGCUGGCAGUGUUUGGUGUGAACCAAGGGACAAUUCUUCACCGCACCAGUGGGAGUGUGCGUUCAGGGACCUCGGCUAGCCUCAGGUCUCCGGAGUCCGGUCAGGGGACGGGUGACUCUUGAUCACCAGUUAUAAAGCGUGCUGACUUGGAAAAGAGGGACUUGAGAGGUGCAAAGGUUGAGAGCUAAAGCACAGGAAAGGAAGGAACAGCAACCGAGGCCGAAGGGAAAGAAGUUGGGGAGAACCCAGCUUCGUGAGCGGCUAAGAAGAAGGAUUCAACCGCGGAAAAUCGGGCGAGAGCUCAGAGGUGUAAGAACUCAGAGGGACGCCCGUCGUGCGAUCUGCAGGGCUGGGUCUCCUAGCACCUUGGGUCACGCCUCCUUGGCGAGAAGGCGCCUGGCCUUUGAUUGCUUCCAGGGACUGCAGAACUUCCUGCCCGCCAGAGGAGCGGGUCUCUCUAGGGUCGCGUUUGCUCCCCGCUGGAGGCUCGAGACUGAGUUCUAAAAGUCCUGGGCGCCUGGUCCAAGAAGGGCUGGGGGAACAGUGUCUGUGAGGAGCCCACGCGCCCCACCUGAGGGGUUGAGUGUCGGCGUCCUCCCUCUCCUGGCAUUCACAUCUCGGGGCUCCACCCCACCACGGGAACCCCUCACCCGGAGAUGGCCGCGUUGAUGCGGGGCAAGGAUUCAUCCCGAUGCCUACUCCUACUGGCCGCGGUGCUGAUGGUGGAGAGCUCACAGAUAGGCAGCUCGCGGGCCAAACUCAACUCCAUCAAGUCCUCUCUGGGAGGGGAGACUCCUGCUCAGGCUGCCAAUCGAUCUGCGGGCAUGAACCAAGGACUGGCGUUCGGCGGCAGUAAGAAGGGCAAAAGCCUGGGGCAGGCCUACCCUUGCAGCAGUGAUAAGGAAUGUGAAGUUGGAAGAUACUGUCACAGUCCCCACCAAGGAUCAUCAGCCUGUAUGGUGUGUCGGAGGAAAAAGAAACGAUGCCAUAGAGAUGGCAUGUGUUGCCCUGGUACCCGCUGCAAUAAUGGUAUCUGCAUCCCAGUCACUGAGAGCAUCCUGACCCCUCAUAUUCCAGCUCUGGAUGGCACUCGGCAUAGAGAUCGGAACCAUGGUCACUAUUCCAACCAUGACCUGGGAUGGCAGAAUCUAGGAAGGCCACACACCAAGAUGUCUCAUAUAAAAGGACAUGAAGGAGACCCCUGUCUGCGAUCAUCAGACUGCAUUGAUGGAUUUUGCUGUGCUCGCCACUUCUGGACCAAAAUCUGCAAACCCGUGCUCCAUCAGGGGGAAGUCUGUACCAAACAACGCAAGAAAGGUUCUCACGGGCUGGAGAUUUUCCAGAGGUGUGACUGUGCAAAGGGCCUGUCCUGCAAAGUGUGGAAAGAUGCUACCUACUCCUCCAAAGCCAGACUCCACGUGUGCCAGAAGAUCUGACAGACACUGGGAAAGUUAGCCCUAUCAGACUGUGAAUUUGUGUAUUUAAUGCAUUAUGGCAUGAUGGAAAAAUCCAGUUUGGAACACAGAAGAAUGAGGAAUGUGGUAAGAAUCUGGAGCACAAGAGAGAGGUGGGACUGAAUGAAGUCGAGACAGUGAAAACCAAAGCACAACCAGUGUUUCCAUUAUGCAACUUGUUUAUGUAAAUAAUGUACACAUUUGUGAAAAUGCUAUUAUUAAAAGAAAGCACACCACGGAAAUUACUGACAAAUGCCAUGGGAUUUUCCAAGAGUUUGGCUUGAGCUAGAGCGGACAUUUUCUUCAGACUGGCAGUGGCUAUAAAAAUAAUCUAAAGCCAUAUUUCUGCUCAAAGUUAUAGUUUAAUAAAUUAUUCUCACUGUCCCUUGACAUAAGAUAAUUUCUAAAACAUGGAAAAGAAGAUAAACAGGAAGUGAAAAUAUGCAACAUCAUUAAUUUGCAUCACAAAAAAGCACCUUUUAAUUUGGAACUUUGCUUUGACUUCUCAAAUAAAGGCCUUGGUAGACAAGAGAAAAAGGCAGUCAAUAUUUCCCAUAUCACUUCAAGACACUGGCAUGUCUUUUAGACAUUAGAAAAAGAUAAACACGUGUCUCCUCAUACCACUCAUUUCUUUUCUCCAAAACUUAAUUUCACCUGAAUUAAUGAAGACAGAUAUAAGACA